GUCUCUGAAUUUUUUUUUUUUUUUUACCGAACAUAUAAAUAAACACUUAAGAAAUCUAUUCGUUGAAUCGAAGCAUGGAUUAUGGAGAUAAAGAAGAAUUUUUUAUGGAGUUUGGUGCAGAUUAUGGGUACCCAAAUGGCCCAAAAUCCAUUGACGAAAUCAGAGCCACUGAAUUCAAGCGAUUGGAGAAUGGUAGUGUUUACUUGGAUCAUGCUGGGGCAACUUUAUACUCUGAGUUGCAAAUGGAAGCAAUCUUCAAAGAUCUUACUACUAAUGUUUAUGGAAAUCCCCACAGUCAAAGUGACUUUAGUACGACAACUUGUGACAUUGUAAGGGAAGCACGCCAACAGGUCCUUGAUUAUUGCAAUGCCUCUCCAGAGGACUACAAAUGUAUAUUUACUUCUGGGGCAACAGCAGCUUUGAAGCUGAUUGGAGAGGCCUUUCCAUGGAGCCAACAGAGCUGUUUUAUGUACACGAUGGAGAAUCAUAAUAGUGUACUUGGGAUCAGAGAAUACGCUCUUAGUCAUGGAGCUGCUGCCUUUGCAAUAGAUAUUGAAGAGACUGUGGACCAUGAUGGAUUAUCUAGAAGCCCUGAAACUUCUAUGAAUGUGUCUUUGCAUCCCGUGCAAAGGAGAAAUGAACCUGAGUUUGCCAAAAUAGAGCCUGCAGGUAAUGCUUAUAGUUUAUUUGCCUUUCCCUCGGAGUGCAAUUUCUCAGGUUCAAGGUUCACCCUUGAUUUGGUGAAUGUUAUGAAGAAGAACCGAGCAAGAAUAUUGGAAAACUCUCCUUCUAGCCAGGGGCAUUGGAUGGUCUUGGUUGAUGCUGCUAAAGGGUCUGUCACGCAACCACCAGAUUUGUCAAAGUAUCCUGCUGAUUUUGUUGUCAUGUCUUUCUAUAAGAUAUUUGGUUAUCCAACCGGACUUGGUGCUCUCAUUAUACGAAAUGAUGUUGCAAAGUUACUAAAGAAGACCUACUUUAGUGGAGGUACAGUUGCCGCCUCGAUUGCUGACAUUGAUUUUGUUAAAAGGAGACAAGGUGUUGAGGAGUUGUUUGAAGAUGGCACCGCUUCAUUCCUGAGCAUAGCAUCCAUCCACCAUGGGUUCAAUCUUAUCAAUUCUUUGACUGUAUCUGCAAUAUGCCGGCAUACAACAUCACUUGCUAUAUAUGUGAGGAAGAUGCUCUUAGGUUUGAGGCAUGACAAUGGAGCUUCUAUCUGCAAAAUUUAUGGAAGGCUGUCUUCAAAGGUUUCAUCUCAUGAAUCGGGUCCAAUUGUAACAUUCAACUUGAAGAGGCCAGAUGGCUCUUGGUUUGGCUACCGUGAAGUUGAAAAGUUGGCUUCUCUAUCAGGAAUUCAGUUGCGGACAGGAUGCUUUUGCAAUCCUGGUGCUUGUGCAAAAUAUCUUGGCUUGUCUCACUUGGAUCUUCUUUCAAACAUAGAGGCUGGACAUGUUUGCUGGGAUGACAAUGACAUAAUACGUGGAAAACCAGCUGGAGCUGUUAGAAUAUCAUUUGGUUACAUGUCAACCUAUGAAGAUGCCAAGAAAUUUAUUGAUUUCUUAAAAAGUUCCUUCGUGUUAUUGCCUAAUAAAUCUGCAAAUGGGAAUCUGAUGAUAGCAAGCUCCAUCCCCCUUUCAAAGGAAGGCACUGACAGAAUACUCUCAGCUUCAAAUUACUUUAUAAAGUCUGUUACUCUCUACCCAAUUAAAUCAUGUGCAGGAUUCAGUGUACAACACUGGCCUCUUUGCAAUACAGGCCUACUACAUGAUCGAGAGUGGCUUCUUCAAAGUCCAACUGGUGAAAUUCUUACUCAGAAAAAGGUUCCGGAAAUGUGCUUCAUUACCACAUUUAUAGACCUCGAUCAACAAAUAAUGUUUGUAGAAUCACCACGUUGCAGAGAUAAGUUUUCAAUCAAUCUAAAACCAGAUUCCGAUAAUGGUGGGAGAGAAGAAAUUAAUUUGUGUGCUCAGAGAUAUGAAGUACAUGGUUACACAGAUGAAGUCAACUUAUGGUUUAGCAAAGCCAUUGGUCGUCCUUGCAUACUACUCCGUUGUUCUAGCUCCAAGUCUGCUGUGUGUGUGAAUAAGAGCAGAAGUGUUGGCAUGUGCAGAGAUUUGGACAGCAGAUUGAAUUUUUCUAAUGAAGCUCAAUUUUUAUUGUUAUCUGAGGAGAGCAUAUCGGAUCUCAACAGUAGAUUAAGCUCGAUGGAUGCAGAAAAAGGUACUCAUGGAGCACCGGUUCAAGUCAAUUAUAUGAGAUUUCGGCCCAACCUUGUCUUAUCUGGAGGUGAACCAUAUGCUGAAGAUAGGUGGAGAAAUCUUAAAAUUGGAAACAACCAUUUUACGUCCUUAGGUGGAUGCAACCGGUGCCAGAUGAUCAAUUUUGUCCAUAAAGACGGACAAGUGCAGAAAUCAAAUGAACCUUUGGCUACGCUAGCAUCAUAUAGGAGAGUGAAGGGUAAGAUUCUAUUUGGCAUAUUGUUGAAAUAUGAUAUGGCGGACAAGCUGGACUCAAGUUCAUAUCUUGAAGUAGGACAAGAAGUACAUCCAAAUUCAGAGUAGGCUAAUACCCAUUUGGAAAAAGAAGAGAGACAGUUUUGAGUACCUCAGAAGAAUGGGAGAUAUAGUGAACAGAGACAAAACCAGGAAGCUUUGGUAAAGCUUAACAAUGCUUUUCAAUACGGUAUACUUUUAUUUGACUUCCAUGAAGAAUUUGAUCUUUGUAUGAACAAACCAACCCAAAAUAUUAUGUAAAGAUUAAUUUUUCUUGUCUUAGUUCAGGGGCGCAAAGUGUAUUAUAAUUCACUUGUUUUAACUUUUUUGUUGAAAGGUUGUUGAUAGUUGCUAUGCACUUGUCGAUGGGAGAUCUCUCUCAAUUUCAAUGACGGUUUCAUUAGAUAUCUUAUACAACUACGAUUCAUUAUUCUUUAAUUAAAUAUUGGAUUAUUGGACAGGA